AUGCUCGCUCGAACCUCGGCUCUCUUGUCAUUUUUCUGGGCAAGCACGAUCAUGCAUCAUGCAAACGCCUUUACCAACAAAGGAAUCUGUGAGCACGGUGCGCAAUCCGCGUACCUAACCCUCGCUGACGGCCGUCGUCACUACCUCUAGAUGUGCAGAUUCACCUGGGCGGCGCGUAUGACUGCUUUCGUGAUGAUCAGGCCCCUGAGUGCUGGAGUAACAUCUGCCGAGACAAGUCUUGGAAAGACGCUACCGUCAACGAGCUCAAACCCGUCUACUUUGAAGAAGCGCAGCCGUUCGCCACUGCCGAGUGUUCAGCGUGAGUCACAGACCCUUCCCUUGACGUUGAUUCGGCACUGACCAAAAGUCGGUCAUUGGACUCAGUGACGGUCAGGAUUGGACGGAAGAGGUGAGUAGGUUGAUCAACAGAGCAAUCAAACGGAUCUCUCUGAUCGUGAAUGCCGCGCUGUUUGCAGGUCAGGGCAGCAGGAAACUUUAAGAAAUACGUUCCCUGA